GUGCAUGGACUACCUGAUCUGCUAAAUAGCCUACUUUAAAUGACUUAUUUCUGAUUCUCCUUUUGAUUACAGCUAAACAACUAGACCAUAGGCACUCGAACAGGUACUAUGGCGCCAACAGUGUCACCUAGGCGCUCGAUGGCAUUAGACCAGCGAUAACCAGUGUUCUCCCCUGAUUUAUCAGCCGUUUGGACAGGGGUCCGACGCCAGAAAGUCACAGGCGGAUCAAUUCACUGCAAUGAUUGUCAAAGUCCAAAUAUUGGCCAUUUACUGAUUUGUCUUUCAUGUGAGGUUAUAUUUCCUAUGCUUUUCUUGAAUCAAUGUUUAUUCCUUGGGUCACGCUAUCUAAAUGAGGCCUACCUACAACCGUUAGAAAGUUGACUUUAUCUCUUUUAUAGGCCUAAAUGUCGACGCGUGUAAACUGCUCGCGUCAAAGGGAAUUAUUGUCUAAAAAGGCUUCUUUGUACAGUCGUGGGCCUAGGUGUAACAAUAUAUCAGCAGUGCAUAUGGGCUAUUCAAAGUCCCUUAGCAUUUCGCAUUUUCCACAGACAAAUCAAUAACGUUUGAUAGUGAGAGAGCAGAAAACCUACUGGUUAGGUGAUUGUAUUGAAACGUUUUCCGAAGUUUAUCAAUUGCUGUCUAACAAUGUGGAAACGACCAAGGGAUAAUCACAUAUAAAUUAGUGCGCUAAAAGCCACAAACUGAUAUGAUGAACCUACUGAUAUGAACGUCGGGAUAACUUCCAAAUCCUGAGUUAAUCACGUGCUACUAUUUUAUCUUAUUAUUAAUUAAACGAUAACUUUAAAAGUCUGAUGAGUCACGCAGGCUACUCACAGUAUUCGCCAUCAUCAGUCCCAAAACAAUUAGCAAAGAGAUAGAUAAUGUGACUCAACGUUACAAUCUUUUUUCCGUCACCAUUUAUAGGCCUACUUUAUAGACUUGAAUUACAAAAAUACAGCCAACAUUACAGUCAAAAGAGUUGACCAAGUUAUACCAUAAAUAUUACAAGCAAUGGGGUAAAACAUUUUGAAGGUGGGCCCUGCAUCAUAACGCGUUAUCUCAUUAGAAAGCACACUCAUGAAGAGUGGACCAAUCAGAAUGUGUGUGUACCUGCAGGAAGUUGUCUACUCUUCUAUCUCCUCCCUCUCUCAGCAGCGAUAUGAAACAGACUAAACUGUUGUCAGAUACGCCAACUGACCCUAGGCACCCCAUGGACAGAGACGCACCUUCAACACUUUCUCCUGAAGCCUAAGACCCAGAUCACAGCGCAAUUCAGCAUCACAUUACACAUAUAGGUCUGUAACCAUGCAGUACCAGCACGCAUCGCCAGCUCCUACGGUCAGUGUUCCUCUUUACGCACCUACUCCAAUCCAGCCCGUCCACCCAACUCCUUUCUACAUUGAAGAUAUCUUGGGUAGAAAUGGUUCGCCGGCAUCUUCUACGUUGAUCCCGAUGCCAACCCUCCCAUCUCCGAACUCAUCCUUUACCAGUCUGGUGUCACCGUACAGGACCCCUAUCUACGAACCAACGCCUAUCCAUCCAGCCCUCUCGCACCACGCCGCGCUGACGGCCACGUAUGCCUCUGGAGCUUUCGCCAAUUCCAUCUAUCCAUUUCACCGUUCUAUGGGAGACUACACUCAAGCGCUUCUAAGACACGAUCCUCUUGGUAAACCACUUUUGUGGACACCAUUUAUCCAACGCCCUUUACACAAGAGAAAAGGCGGUCAAGUGCGCUUCUCCAACGACCAGACAAUAGAGCUGGAGAAGAAGUUUGAGACGCAGAAGUACCUGUCGCCUCCAGAACGAAAAAGACUGGCUAAAAUGUUACAACUGAGUGAAAGACAGGUGAAAACAUGGUUCCAAAAUCGAAGAGCAAAGUGGCGAAGACUUAAACAGGAGAAUCCUCAGGGUAGUAAGCGGGAGCUGGAGGAUGAAGGCGCAGUAAGAAAGUGCGAUGGUGUCUUGUCAGAAUCUGGGGCGAGCCCGGACCUGAGGCGCACAGAGCUGGCCCAGUCACACAGCCGGUCACAGUGCUCCUCCUCGCCAUUAUCACAAGGAGAAAUAGAUUCGGACAUUUCAGAAGACACAGAUCAAGAGCUGGACAUGGAGGAGGAUAUAGAGUUUCCCUUGAAUCCUCAGAUAUGACACAGUCUAUUGAAACUGCCGAACGCUAAGUGAUGUGAAUGUCUAUUAGUUGCCUUUGCAUUCAGAUGUUUUUGGUUUUGUAAAUAACGUGUUCUUGUAUAUUUCGCUUUGUGUACAUGAUCUAAGUAGUAGACAAUUCAAGCUUCUGUUUCAGCCACCAGAACGCCUUGUUGGACGUCAGUGACCUCCAGCCACUAUGGGAAUUGAUCAAUGUGUUAUCUUAAUGUGUAACUUGUUCAUUUGAUUGAAUAACAAUGAUGAAGUUUAGAACAUCAAUAAACUAUAUUUGGGGAUAAAC